AUGACAGCAGUAAUGCCAUCGGCCAUGAACUGGGGCCAGCCGCCUCAACCCGACUACUCUUGGUCAGGUCCUCAAUACACCGCGUAUCAGCAAAUGACACAUUCACUGCCACAGUCCAUGCCAACAUCAUACAUGUCCAUGUCGACACCGGCUCACCAAGUGACCCAGCAACAGCACACGCGUCAACCCAGUCAAAGCGUCCCAUGGACCGAUGCCGAAGACGAGAUCCUGAUCGAAGCCAAGUCCAAAGGCCAAGGCUGGAAAGAAAUCGCAAAUUACUUCCCCGGAAAGUCGGACAACGCCUGUCGUAAGAGACACGAAAGGAUAACAUUCAAACGCAAAGCUGACAAGAACUGGGACGAUGCACGCCGCAAACGCGCUUUCCAGGCGUACACCGAUAGCACCAUUCGGGAACGAUUCUGGAGAGAGGUUGCUAAGAAGAUUGGUGAAGAGAGCUGGGAGGAUGUCGAGGAAGUUUGCUUCUCAGAAGGGCUCAAGAAGAUCCAAAAGGCCAAUCCCAAACAAUCACGCAGCAGGUCGAGAGCCAGCACUGGCAGUGUCGAAUACGAGCAGGCCACUGAGUUCGACGACAAGUCAUAUGCCGAGCACGAUGAUAGUGGGUACAUCGAGGACCUGCCUCCACUGCCGCCAACCAUGUCGAGUCGACGAUCCAGCCAGGCAGGUCCGAGCCAUCGACAUGGUCACUCACACUCGAUCUCACUGCCUGUGUCGGGCAUCUCGCCUCCGCACGUUAGUGGCGAUAUGCUCAUAGUCGGGCAUAAUCGGCCACGACAGCCCAGUACGCCGCAGCAUGUGUUGCACCCAUCGCAGCAGACCUGGAACCUUAAUCAGAACUAG